AUGGUAUACUUGCUUCUUGAUCCGGCGUCAUUCGCCAAUCCCACACAGAUCUUUGCCGACGACGUAACCGAGGAGAAGGGCGAGAAUGCCCGUCUGUCGGCCUUCGUCGGUGCCAUCGCCGUCGGAGACCUCGUGAAGAGUACCCUGGGUCCCAAGGGAAUGGACAAGAUUUUACAAUCUGCGUACUGGGACAGGUCGACGGGACAGAUCCUCGUGACGAAUGACGGUGCUACGAUCUUGAAGUCUAUUGCUCUGGAUAACGCUGCGGCAAAGGUGCUGGUCAACAUCUCUAAGGUUCAGGACGACGAGGUGGGCGAUGGCACAACAUCUGUCACGGUCUUGGCCGCCGAACUGCUGCGGGAGGCCGAGAAGCUCGUCGAUCGCAAGAUUCACCCCCAGACCAUCAUUGAGGGCUACCGGAUAGCUAGCCGAGCUGCUCUCGCCGCUCUCGAGACUGUGGCCGUCGACCGGACCAAGGACCAAGAGACCUUCCGCAAGGACCUUCACUCGAUCGCACGCACGACCCUCAGUUCCAAGGUGCUGGCCCAAGACCGGGACCACUUCGCGCGACUGGCCUGCGAGGCCGUUCUGCGACUCAAGGGAUCCACCGACCUCAGUCACAUCCAGGUCAUCAAGAAGGCCGGUGGUAAGCUGAGCGAUUCGUACCUGGACGAGGGUUUUAUUCUUGAUAAGAAGAUCGGCGUCAACCAGCCCAAGCGACUGGAGAAUGCCAAGAUUCUGGUGGCCAACACGGCCAUGGACACGGACAAGGUCAAGAUCUUCGGUGCGCGGGUCAAGGUCGAGUCGACAGGCAAGCUGGCCGACCUGGAGAAGGCUGAGCGGGAGAAGAUGCGCGCCAAGGUCGAGCGGAUCAAGUCGCACGGUAUCAACUGUUUCGUCAACCGUCAGCUAAUCUACAACUGGCCGGAACAGCUCUUCACCGAGGCCGGUAUCGUGUCUAUCGAGCACGCCGACUUCGACGGCAUUGAGCGUUUGGCGCUGGUGACGGGUGGUGAGAUCGCCUCGACCUUUGAGCACCCUGACCAGGUGAAGCUGGGCUCGUGUGACCUGAUCGAGGAGGUGAUCAUCGGCGAGGAUACACUGAUCAAGUUUUCCGGCGUGGCCGCUGGUCAGGCAUGCACCAUUGUGCUGCGCGGUGCCACCGAGCAGCUGCUGGACGAGGCCGAGCGCUCGCUGCACGACGCCCUGGCCGUGCUGUCGCAGACAGUCAAGGACCCGCGAGUGACGCUGGGCGGCGGCUGCGCGGAGAUGGUGAUGGCCAAGGCCGUGGAGCAGGCGGCGCAAAACACGACGGGCAAGAAGCAGCUGGCAGUCGACUCGUUCGCCCACGCGCUCAAGCAGCUACCGACCAUCCUGGCCGACAACGCUGGUUUGGACUCGAGCGACCUGGUGACGCGCCUGCGCCAGGCCAUUAACAACGGCAUGACUAGCUCUGGACUGGACCUGUUGACCCCCGGUGGCGGCAUCGCGGACAUGCGCGACCUGGGCGUGGUGGAGGCCUAUAAACUGAAGAAGGCCGUGGUUUCGUCGGCAUCGGAAGCCGCCGAGCUUCUUCUCCGGGUGGACAACAUUAUUCGCGCGGCCCCUCGCCGCCGGGAGCGAAUGUAA